AUGUCAGAUAAAAAAGUGUUUGUUGAAAAUAAUUUGAGUCCAUCAGAAAACAAAUGUUCGUCACCGAGUCCAUCAAAACAUUUGCUUUUGCCUUCACCAAUCAUAACAAGACGCACUAGAACAGCAUCGACAUCAGAUCGAGCAAUGCGUAAUCCUUUGAUUAGAGGCGUUGUUAAGAGCUUCAGUCGUAGUAAAGGCCAUGGAUUCAUAACACCUAAAGAAGGUGGCGAUGACAUCUUUGUUCACAUUUCUGACACUUUUUUUUGUUUUUCUUUCAACAGCAUUGAAGGCGAGUACAUUCCGCAAAUGGGUGACGAAGUAUCGUAUCGCAUAUGCUCCAUUCCACCAAAAUAUGAAAAGUAUCAAGCAAUUCAUGUACAGAUAACUAAUUUGACUCCAAAUGUUCACACCAAAUGGGAAACGCCAAUUUAUGAAAACAAUCAAUAA